AUGGAUUCAAACCCCAGUUCUCAAACCAAAUCAGCCUCGCGCCUCGCAAGAAUGAGCUCUGAAGAGCCGCCACAUCUUUCUCUAGACCUCAUAUCUCCUCCCAAGAAACCCUCUUCGGUAUCUCUCGCUCUUCCUCUCCCAGAAUUACUCCUACUCUCACCUUCUCCGUUGAGAAAAUCAAGAACCCGUUUAGCUGAUCGUCUUGAUGCGGCUGAGGAGGUGGCUCUGGAAUCAACUGGGUCUCGUAGGAGAUGCAAAACAAGAGGAGCUCAAAUGGGCAUAUCCGGUUGUGGGUCUCCGAGGAAUAACCGGAGGCUAAGGAGACGAUCGGAGAUUGAGAUAAUGAGGGAAGAGAGAGAUAUUGGGUUAGUGGAUGAGAUUGGGAAACUAAGAAAAAGGAGGCAUAGCGUGCGGUCAAAGAAAGAGAAGCUUAGUUUGGUCCCUUGUGUUCCUUCUUCGAGUUUAUCUCCAAAAAUGGAUGAUGGUGGUCACGGGAAUCUUGAUCGAAUCGGGCAUUUGUUUGUUGAUUUGAUAAUGUGGAGAGAUGUUGCAAAGUCGAGCCUUUGGUUUGGUCUUGGAUGUUUAUGUUUCUUGUCUUCUUGUUUUACAAAAGGAGUCAGCUUUAGGUGUGUNUCUCUCUCUCGGGUUGGCUCACUCAAAAUGAUAGAGGCCAAGUCAAAGGAAAGGAAACAAGCUGGCUAG